UCUUGGGAUGAUCCUCCACAAUUAGAAGAACAUUUAGCAACUCACAUUUUAAACGUUUUAUCUAAAUUUCUUCAUUUAAUGGCUAGUCAUGAUGAUAGUAUCUCUAGUGGUGGAGCUGUAAGUGUUGGUGGUGUUGGUCGAUCUGAUGCUUUCGAAAUUAUUAGUGAGAUUUAUAAAAAUGCUGGAAGAGUUAUUUUUUAUAUAAGCGCUUCAAAUUGGAAUGUGGUUUUUUCGAGAAUUAGGCAUAGAAUUGCUUAUUUAGCUGCUGCUAAUGAUAAUUGGACUGAAACUGCUGAAUUGAAAUUGUUGGAGGUUUCCGAUCUUAAUUCAAGAAGGUUAUCUAUGGUAUUACAAGGCAAUUUGAAACGAUCGGCUCAAAUUGUAAUGGCAACUGUACUUCGUAAAGCUAUUUGGAAUUGGAUUGAGGUUUUUCCUGCUGAAUUUGUUACUUUAUGUCAAACUCAAAAACGAAUGGGUGGCAAUCCUGAAAAACUUUUUGAGAUUUGUAAUAAUUUAGCUCAUACUAGCUAUAAAGCGUUCUGGCCACUACAAACUAUGUUGUUGAUUUUAUGUCCAGAUCUUCUAUUUAGUGCUGCUAUGUAUGAUAAGACCUCUAGUAUCAAUAAAAAG